AUGGAUUUGGAGUUAGGAACCACUGUGGUUGUGGGCGUGGCAACCCUUCUUCUCGUUCCUAUACUAUGGCUAAGAAUGCAGAGAUCGAACCAGAGCCAGCCUAAGUAUAAAAGAGGAAUUACGAUGGUGGGAGCCAUUCUCUUAGUCGUUCAGGUGGUACUAUGCAUAAGAGACUUGAAGGAACACAAACAGUACACAAAGAUUUAUGAACUUGGAAUGAGAAUAUUGGAAAGAAAUGUUCCUGUUGCUUUAUGCCUACUCUUUAUAGUAGUAGGGAGAGCCUCUUGGGGAGAACGAAAGUACAAACUAGUAACAUUGAUAACGGGAGCAAUAGCGACGUUCGUAUUUGCAACACUCUUUUUUAGGAAGUCAACUCCGGUUCACGUUCCAGAGCGGCCGAAUUAUGCCUAUCUCGACACCGGGCCUAGACGCAAGCUGACACAGUUCACAUGCCUACACAACACUAAAUCAUUUGACGUGAGAAAGACAACGACCAAGAUGGUUUUCCUUUUGUUCGUUGCCUUAUGUGUUUCCUUCGGAACUUAA